AUGGAUCCAUCUGUGGUCACUGCUCUUGGCUUAGUGCUCUGUAUCUCAUGUCUGCUUCUCAUUUCAUCAUGCAAAAAGGGCUUUGAAAGAGGAAAACUUCCACCUGGUCCUGUUCCUCUUCCCAUUAUUGGCAAUAUACUGCAAUUGGACCUUAAGAAUAUCCCAGAAUCUCUUUGCAUGCUAGCAAAAGAGUAUGGCCCAGUGUUCACUCUACAAUUGGGUUUUGAGCGUGUUGUGGUGUUACAUGGGUACCAGGCAGUGAAAGAAGCUCUCAUCGAUCAUGGGGACAAGUUUGCUGACAGAGCACUUAAACCACUUUUUGAAUUGGUGAGCAAAGGAUUAGGCAUUAUUGUAAGCAAUGGAGAGAGAUGGAAGCAAAUCAGGUGCUUCUCCCUAAGGACCCUGAGGAAUUUUGGGAUGGGGAAGAAGAGCAUUGAAGAACGAGUCCAAGAAGAGGCGAAAUACCUUGUGGAGGAGUUAAAAAAAACAAAAGGAUUACCAUGUGACCCCACAUUUAUCCUUGGGUGUGCUCCUUGCAAUGUAAUCUGCUCUAUUAUUUUCCAGAAACAUUUUGACUAUAAAGACCAGAAAUUUUUAUUUUUAAUGAAGCUCUUAAAUGAAAACACCAAGAUCUUAAGUUCCCCAUGGAUUCAGGUCUACAAUUCUUUUCCAUCUCUAGUACAUUAUCUCCCUGGAUCUCAUCACAAAGCAAUUAAAAAUAUUCAUUUAUUACAUGAAUUUAUUUUGGAAGAAGUGAAGGAACACCAAAGUUCACUGGACUCCAGUAAUCCUCGGGACUUCGUUGAUUGUUUCCUGAUGAAAAUGGAGCAGGUACAGUGUGAACAGCAGGAAAAGCAACAACCACAGUCUGAAUUUAACAUUGAAAACUUGGUCCACACUGCAAGUGAUCUAUUUGCUGCAGGAACAGAGACAACAAGCACCACCCUGAGAUAUGGACUCCUGCUUCUCCUUAAACACCCUGAGAUAACAGGAAAAAUGCAUGAAGAAAUUGAUCAUGUGAUUGGCCGAGAUCGAAGACCCUGCAUGGAGGACAGAAACAAGAUGACUUACACCAAUGCUGUGGUACACGAGAUCCAGCGCUACAUUGACUUGGUUCCCACCAACCUGCCCCAUGCAGUAUCAGAAGAUGUUCAAUUUAGGGAAUAUAUUAUCCCGAAGGGUACCACUAUAAUACCACUACUAUCUUCUGUUCUCUAUGAUGAUGAAGAGUUCCCCAAUCCAGACAAGUUUGACCCAGGACACUUCCUGGAUAAAAGUGGCAAGUUUAAAAAGAGUGACUAUUUUAUGCCUUUUUCAGCAGGAAAACGCAUAUGUGCUGGUGAGAGCCUGGCUCGGAUGGAAUUAUUUCUGUUUUUUACUACUAUCUUACAGAAUUUUUCCUUGAAAUCUCCCAUUGACCCAAAGGAUAUUGAUACCUCCCCAAUUGCCAGUGGAUUUACCAAAAUACCCCCUUUCUAUGAGCUCUGCUUUCUACCUUACAAAAAUAUGUGAAGUACCUCCCCUGGUUCCUAAUGCUGUAGAGCCUCUUCAUGUGCUAUGAACCAGCUGUAUUCAUUCCAUUGCCUGGCAAUGAAAGCCCUCUAUGAUUUCAGCCCAA